GCAUCCGGCUGUCCGUCUGCAGACGUUCACUGUCAGAAUGGACAGAAACCCGCGGGGGGGCUUGGAGGAGUGGAGCUUGUGAAGCGGCAUGUGUUGGACGACAGGCGGGGACAAAGACAGGUCGCCUGUCGCUCAUGGGAACACUCCAGUUAUUAAAAGCCAAAGUAAUCUCGUUACCAAGCCCCAUCCAAACAGCAUCCAUCACCAAACGGAGACGCGCUGCUAUUGGGCGCGGGGAGGGUUGGACUCGGUAACCCCGCUGACUAGUUAAGCCCAAACUCCGGGAAGGCACGCGGCCAGUCGCUCCUCCUUGCGCGCUUGGAUAUGGAUCAGGACGCGGCGCGCCGCCCUGCUGUCUCCUGCGGACAGGCUGCGCGCUGUGGCGCAUAACAGGUGUCCAAAUGGACCGCCGCCCUCCCGGCUCCUCCGGUGUGCAAUGGCUUAACCGGAGAGACAUGAGCGUCCGGACGGAGGACAGCAUCACCUUGUGCCAAAGGGCUCUCCUGAUCGUUACGGAACUUUGUCUCACGGGACACGUAGACCGGGAGAGAUGCGCGGAGAUUUUCCCCUUGGAGAGCAAUAUACAAGGUAAAGGACACGCAGACAUCUCUAUCAGUCUCCUUGCCGUGGUCGUGGGUUUCUGUGGCCUCACCUUGUUGGCAGUCUCUCUCUUUGUCUUUUGGAAGCUGUGCUGGCCCAUUUGGAGGAGCAAGACCCUGUCGGCCCACGUCGAAAACGGCCUCCACGUGGGUUUCCUCGAGGUGCCUCCGCCCAACUCUCCUCCUGUCACUGAGUGCAAAGUCGCAGAGGUGGAAAAGAAGCACCUGCCUGAGGUGAAAGUGAACAGACCGAGCUCGGUGAAGCACCUGGAGGCAGCCAUGAAGAUCAGUCAGACGUCGCCAGACAUCCCUGCAGAGGUGCAAACGGCCCUGAGGGAGAAGAUCAACAAGCAGCCAACUAAGAUCCAGAGGCAGACCACCGAGCCGACCUCCUCCUCCAGGCACAAUUCAUUCCGGCGCCACCUGCCUCGUCAGAUGAAUGUCACCAGCGUAGACUUCAGCAUGGACACGGUGCCUCUCCGCCAGUCUUCUACGGUGAGCAUCGGAAGGAUCAAACCAGAACUCUACAAGCAGAAGUCCGUGGACUCCGAAGACGAGGCCAAGGGGCAUGUGGAAACGUGCGGAAAGCUCAGCUUCUCGCUGCACUAUGACUAUGAGGAGCAGGCUUUGGUUGUGAGGAUCCUCAAGGCUUUGGACCUGCCCGCCAAAGACUUCACAGGUACCUCCGACCCAUAUGUGAAGAUGUACCUGCUGCCUGACAGGAAGAAGAAGUUCCAGACACGAGUGCACCGCAAGAACCUGAACCCCACGUUUGACGAGACCUUCUGUUUCCCCGUGGCGUACGAUGAGCUGUGCAAUCGCAAGCUGCACUUCAGCGUCUACGACUUUGACCGAUUCACAAGCCACGACAUGAUCGGGGAGGUUGUGGUGGACAACCUGUUUGAACUCUCCGAUCUGUCAAGGGAGGCGGUGGUGUGGAAGGAUAUUCACGCAGCAACUACAGAGAGUAUCGACCUUGGAGAGAUCAUGUACUCGUUGUGCUACCUGCCCACAGCAGGGAGAAUGACCCUAACAGUCAUCAAAUGCAGAAAUCUGAAAGCCAUGGACAUCACAGGAUCUUCAGACCCGUAUGUGAAGGUCUACCUGAUAUGCAACGGGCGGAGGUUAAAAAAGAGAAAAACAACAAUCAAGAAAAGCACACUUAAUCCCGUCUACAACGAGGCCAUCAUCUUUGACAUUCCUCCGGAGAACGUGGAACAAGUCAGCCUGUCCAUCAUGGUGAUGGACUACGACCGGGUUGGACACAAUGAGGUGAUCGGGGUGUGCCGAGCUGGUCCAGAUGCUGUAGGCCUUGGACGAGAUCACUGGAACGAAAUGUUGGCUUAUCCACGCAAACCCAUCACACACUGGCACGCUCUGGGAGAGUGGCCCGGGAGAGCUGCAAGCUUUGAGAGUCAAGGGUCGUGUUCUUCACCCAAACCUCCACCGACUCCCUGAUGGUCCUGGGUACGAGCACAUCACCCACUGCUGUAAGAACCCAGUUUCAAGAGCAUGCUGAAGGAAAACUGAACUCACUGCAUCUCUAUAGUUGUAUUAAAAUGCCACACACUCGUGUAAAUGCAACUUCUUCAAGUGCUCUAAAGAGAUGGCUAUGCACAGCACUCACCAAGAUUUUCUAGGCCUUUGGUGAGUUAUUUAAUUUAAUGACGCUCAAGGUAAAGGGCUGCUCCAUGCCGUGAAAACAUUUACCAGUAAACAAAUACAAGUCACAAUCUAGGUAUGCCAAUUCCUAAAAGUUCACCUGUCCCAGAAAUGUAUUGGUUAAGUGAUGAUUAGAGAAACAGCAGCAGAUAAAUGUAGCAAACAUUGUACCGAGUGAUGAAGACGUAUUUAAAUAAAAACAUGUGUAAGUUAGGGGUGGGCGAAAUGUGGUGGGAGUUUUUACUUUCUAAUUAUAAUUCCUAUUGCGAUUUAUUUGCAGCAACACUCACAGGAAACAGAUGCAGCUAAUGAGUUGCAGCUUUGCAUUUUCUUUAACUUGUCCGUUUCUGCAUCCCCACCUCCUGCUCGCCGUCUGGUUAGUUCUCGUUUUCUUAAUGAGAGCACAGCUAGAAAUUUUUCUGCUGCUUUUGAUCCACCCUGUUCUUCUGAUAACGACCCAGAUUCCUUAACUUCUCAGUUUAACUAGCACUGCCUCUCUAUUCUGGACAACAUCUGUCCUGUCAGAACCAGAUCAGUUCCUGCAGUGAACCCUACUCCCUGGUUUAAUGACAGCAUAUGCAGCCUAAAGCGCCAAUGCAGAAAAAUUGAGCGUUUGUGGAAGAAAACCUGUCUCCACGUCCAUCUGCUGCACCUAAAGGAUCUUCUGUCAUCUUUAACUCUGCAGUCAGAGAUGCUAGGGUUUCCUAUUUCUCCAACCUGGUGUCCCAGAGCAAAGGGAACCCCAAGGUGCUGUUUAACACGAUCAGCAGCAUCGUCUCUCCUGUCUCUCCUACAGCCUCCAUCCACUCUGUUACAGACUGUGAGAACUUUCUGUCUUUCUUUGUGGACAAAGUCAAUAAGGUUAGAUCUAGCAUCUCUCCUUCAGCCUUAUCGCUGCCUCUCCCGACUCCAACCAGGCCCAUCAUCCUAGAUAGCUUUGCUCCUGUUUCUUUGCCUGAGUUAACCAAACUAGUUAACUCUAUGAAGACCUCUGCAUGCCCCCUCCACAUCUUACCCUCAUCUUUGUUUGAAAGUGCUUUUCUGUCCAUCGGUCCCAGCGUGCUCUCUAUAGUUAAUGCUUCUCUGGUUUCUGGUCAGGUCCCUGCUUACUUUAAGAAUGCUGUAAUCCACCCGCUUCUUAAAAAACCGAGUCUAGACCCCUCUCUCCAUAGCAGCUUCAGACCCGAUCUCUAAACUUCCGUUCAUCUCCAAGAUCUUGGAAAAGGUUGUGGCUAAACAACUCACAGCUGCUCUUGAUGAACAUAACAUCUGUGAUUGCUUCAGUCAGGUUUUUGUAGAGCUCAUUCUACUGAAACAGCUCUUCUUAGGGUCUCUAAUGACCUUCUGACUCACAGUGAUGCAGGGGACCGUUCUGUUCUGGUCCUGCUGGACCUGACUGCAGCCUUUGACACUGUUGACCAUCACCUGCUACUUGAGAGGCUCAGAGACUGGGUAGGCCUAUCAGGAUCUGCUCUGGAGUGGUUCUCCUCUUAUCUUUCUGAGCGCUCCUUUUCUGUGGCCGUCUCCAAGUUUAGGUCCUCCACCUCCUCUCUUACCCAUGGUGUCCCACAAGGUUCUGUGCUGGGGCCUCUGCUCUUCCUCCUCUAUCUGCUUCCUCUUCAGCACAUCCUGAGCUCCUUCAAAGGAAUUUCCUACCAUUUUUAUGCAGAUGACAUCCAACUGUAUAUCUCCUUUAAGCCCCAUGAGAUGUCUAAGCUGCAGCUGUUACACACCUGCUUAGACUCUAUCAAAACCUGGAUGGCUGGGAGCUUUCUUCAGCUGAAUGAAGAUAAGACUGAGAUCCUCAUUUGUGCCCCAGACAAGCUGGUUCCCAAAGUCAUAGACUCUCUUGGUCAGCUUGCUUCUCACACCAAACCUUCUGUCAGGAAUCUUGGUGUGACCUUUGACCCAGCUCUCACCCUGGAUUCCCAUGUCAGUUCUCUUGUUCGCUCUUCCUUCUUCCAUCUCAGGAACGUUGCUAAGCGGAGUCCCAUUCUGUCCCGCUCUGAACUUGAGACAGUUCUCCACACCUUCAUCUCCUCACGCUUAGACUACUGUAACUCUCUUUUCACGUGUCUGAGCAGAACCUCCCUGAACCGUCUACAGGUGGUUCAGAACGACUGUGCUCAGCUUCUGACCAAGUCCUCCAAACACACCCACAUCACCCCGCUUCUCCUCCAGCUUCACUGGCUGCCAGUCAACUUCAGGGUUCAUUUCUAGAUCCUGGUUCUGGUCUAUAGGGUCUUACAUGGACAAGCACCAUUUUACAUUGGUGAUCUUCUUAGUCCCUACACCCCCAGCAGGUCCCUGAGGUCCAGUGAUCAAAACCUACUGGUUGUGCAGCGCACCAGGUUAAAGGCCAAAGGUGACAGAUCAUUUGCUGCUGUGGCCCCCAGACUCUGGAACUCUCUCCCCCUGAGCCUGAGAUCAGUGGACUCAGUGGUCUCCUUUAAAAAGCAACUGAAGACUCACUUGUUCAAGCUGGCUUUUGUAUGACCUUCUUCACCUCUCUCUCUUUAUUCUGCUCUCCCCACCUAUUCCACCUUCCUCAGGAUCCACUGAUUUCCCUCUUUCCUGUUCACUCUCUCUCUUUCUUAACAUUUUCUUUAAUCACAAUUGUCUAUUUUUCGCUCAUUUUAAAUAUAUUUUUAACCAUUUUCUAAAUUAUUUUUAUGUUUUUACUUUUUUUGUUUUUGUUAAGCGCCUCGUGAUUUUUAUCUUGAGAGGCGCUAUAGAAAUGAUACUUUCUUCUUCUUCUUCUUCUUUAUGCUAGCAUUAGCUAGAAAUGCUAACGUCUGCUAAUUAACCUAAUUUACUGAUUGUUAAGUUAUGUCAACAGAAAAUCAUCAGCAAGUACACCCUUUGUUUCAGAAUGUGUCACACCUAAAACGGUCCGGGCGGAAACAGAUGAAUGGAUAAACAUUCAAAUCCUUCAUGGUUUCACAUAUCGCCCACCCCAUAUGUCCUAGCAACCUGACUGAAUCUGUAAUUAAUUUACAAACAUGACAAAUUUAGAUUUAUUUUUGUACACGUGAAAUAUUUUAGUACCUUAUGUAAUUGAACUGGCUAAAUUAAAUGGAAAUAAAUGUUUAAUUGUGCGAGUCUUAAUUUUACAGGUCGUGAUGAUCAGUACAAAUAUCUCAGAAAAACAGAUUAAUGUUAAUAAUUGUAAAAUCAGGGAUGUAAUUUUCUUUUUUUAUCUCCAUUUGCACAAACAGCAUUUAUGUGCGUACGUUGACAUGAAGCCAUUUUAAAUCAAGAUCAAAACAUCUAACAUUGAACUUUUCUUCACGUUUGAGUAAUAAAUAAUCAGCAUAGCAAUGAGAGAAAGGCUAUGUACUGUUAUCUUGCACAUGCAGUAAAUGAUGCUUUCUGCUUGUUCUCCCCCUAAAGAAAGUUAUAUUUUUACUUGUAGCAUGCCUGUGACCACUUUGAAAAAAGCACUUACUGAGAGAAAAUGUGCAGUGUUUGAGUGUUUACACAGCUGUUACAUUAAUGUGAACUAAAACCGAAUGCAGUGACUUUGUUUCUGGAAACGGGUUCGUUCGCGUCAACGAAUCCGUCUGUAAAUACCCACAAGUUAUUGUGAAUUUAUGGAAGACUUCACAAUGUAUUUCUAUUGUUUGGUGACACUUUGGAAAAAAAACUCAGACUCCUCAUGGAGUUUAUACACGUUCUGUAAUAAUCGUGAACAAUUAGUGAAAAUCGAAACUCAACUCAGAGUUGUUCCAUCGGUAGGAGGCUAAAGCUUCGAGCUGUAAUCGUUCAAUCUGUAUCAACAAGAACAACCGCAAACGCCGUCAUGAUGUGUACAGUUUGUGAUAACUUUUGUAUUUAAAGUUGACAUUUGGGAUAUAAUUUAUUGUAACUGUUUAAUAUGUAUUUUAACAUAAAUAAAACAAUAAAGAG